AUGUCGGCGGCUGUGACAGCGUCGAUGCGCGCUGUCGGGUGGAACGUGCUCUUCACCAUCGGACCAGCCGACGACGACGAAUUUCCCCCACACUUUGCGGGCAUACACCAGAACCCACGCAAGCCGAUCGUGACCUUUGCUGACGUGCGCGCCGAGCUAGCGUUGUGCUUCGACGGCAGCUCUCUGGACAAUGAUCGAAAAGACGACGACGACGGAAACAACAGCAGAAACAACAAGAGCAGCGGCAACAACGGCGACGGCGGAAACAACGGCGACGGCGGCAAUACAGCGCGCAACAAGCCGUGGGGCGGCAUCGCGUUUGCCCUGAUCGAGACACCCGAGCCUGAAAACGAAGAUGAACAUGCUGAAUAUCCUGCUUGGAUAACAGACGAAAAUAUAGACGCAAUCGCCCCCGGCGUGCCGUCAAUGGAUCCCAUUAAAGCACGCAGGACCAUCAAAUAUCACAUCGUGCGGCACAGCCGUUGCCUGUUACCAGCUGGCUCCUCAUUAAAAGACCACCUUCGAGCAAAAUGCGCCCAACAUCUGCCGACCCCCGAUCGAUAUCGCCAUCCUGCCUAUAUACCGCACAAUAAGACGCCGUCUAACUCCAGACUCAACAUCAUGCCGCUACGGCGUCAAGCCAAGGCUCGCUCGCAGUCACCCCCGAAACGAAGCGCGUCAGGUCGCAGCUCACCUGAGAAACCAGCCGACGACGCCGACGGUGAAUACGCCAACAUAGUCGCUCCCGCGAACAUGGACAUAGCCAUGGACCAGGCGCGCAAAGUCAUCAGCGAAUUCAGGAUGGCGUGCAUCAACAGGUCCGCAUGCUGCGCUAUCACCGGCGGCGGCGCGCCGUGGUGCCUAGGCCAGCCGAUCGGUCCGGGCAUCCAAGCCUGCCAUGUGGUGCCGCAGCAGCAUUAUCAUCUCUACCCGAUAUGCAGCACGAAUGCGUCGAGCUCUGACGCUGACGAGACAAUGCGAUACAAUCCACGUCUCUUGCAAGACGCGUGGCGAAAAACGUGGAGCCCUCAUAACGGCAUCUUGCUGAUGAAGCACAUACAUGACUUUUUCGAUGCGCGCCUCGUUUCUAUCCACCCGAAGACGUUAUUGGUGCGUGUCUUUGUGCCAUAUCAAGACCUGGAACCCUACCACGGCCGCAAGGCAACCGUGCCUUUCGAUAUCGACCGCAGGGCGCUGCGGCACCACUACGACAUGUGUUGCAUCGAGAACAUGGCCGCAGCCUACCCGGAUCUAGACGCACCUCCAUCCAACGCCAAGAGCCAGAUCAGCACGCCCCGCGCCGGCCUGGCCAGCACUUCCGGCGGCAGCACGCCUCUGACCGGCAGAAUCGACCUGGCCAUGACGCCAAACUCUGGGCGCGACCUGACGCAGCGGCCGGUUGGCGGCGAUCCGUCUAAGAGACAGCGAUCAGCCCCCCGUGACGACCAAGGCGACGGGGACCCUGCGGCAGACGAGGUCGAGUUUUUGGAGGAAGGAGAGGAGCUUCCUGCAGCCAAACGAAUGCGUCUGGAAGACGGGCGCAGGUUUUUCGACGGUUGCGUAACCCCAUAUAACAGCCGCGAGUUUCUAGGGGAUGUCAACUGGGAGCUGACCAAGUACAAGAACUUGGACGAGGCCUGGUAG